AUGGAUUAAAUUGCGAAUAUCAUACUUGAGGAGCACGACGGAGUCAUAUACAGGCUAAGUCAUUACUUUGAAGUCAAAGAACUUCUUGGCAAAGGAGGAUUUGGCAUUGUCGUUUCAGCCUACGAUAAGUAUAAAAAUGAGAUGGUGGCUUUGAAAAUAGCUAAAAAAGGUAAUGAUUCUGAGUUCUCAGCUUUGAAGAAGGAAGCCAAAAUUUUAGAAAAGCUAAGGCAUCCCAACAUCGUUGAAUUUAAGUUCGUAAUAAACUAACGAUAAAAGUUAAUAUAGUUCAAAGUAUAUCAUGACUAUGCAUUCCUGGGAUUGGAGAGACUAGAGGGUAUAUCACUAGAAAAAUUUAUAAAGAAGCGCUAAAAAAACAAAAUGGAUUCAGAGGGUGAAGAAGAGGACACAUAGUAAUGGGAUGAUCGCUGUGCACAAAUAAUGAAUCAGGUGCUGACUGGACUGAACUAUGUGCACUCUAAGAAUUUGAUACAUAGGGAUUUGAAGCCUAAAAAUAUUGUGAUCGAUAGGAAGACACUAAAAGUCAAGAUUAUUGAUUUUGGAUUGGCCAUAAGAGCAGGCAAGGAUAAUGAAGAUCAAAGAUGUGGCACAUUGUUGUAUCAAGCCCCUGAGUAGUUGUUUGCAACUAAUCAAUAUUCGAAGGCAGUUGACAUGUGGGCUUCAGGCAUCAUAAUAUUUGAGCUUUUAACAAAAGGAGAGCAUCCGAUUUUGCAAAUGAUGGGUAUUAGUAAAGAGAGAUUUUUAAGAAAAGGUUCUGAUGAUUACAGAGAUCAAUACAGAUACUUUGUCAAGGAUACUCAUAAAGUUGUAAUCAGAGAGAGUGAGCCUGUCAAGCGAAAAAAUUUAAAUAUAAAAUCGAUACAACUCAUGGAAAAUUUGCUAAGCAUAUCUCAAAGUGUGAGAUAUAAAUCUGAGGAGAUUCUUUAGCAUCCGUGGUUGAGCAGAGAAUUUGAAAAUCCGAUACCUGAGAGUCCUCUCAAUAAAAAGAUCAAACUUAUCAAUGCUUAUCAGAAACUCACUAAGGCCUUUGCUACUAUACUAGCUGUAACAAUCUUAACAACUGAGAAGUAAGAAGAAAGACCUACUAUGACUCCAUCAGUACCAGAUGAAUUAAUCACAAUCAGUAAACGAAGAAAUAGUUAAAAAUCAAACUAUGCUAUCAACAAAGAAAAAGCGAACAUAAACCUUGUAAUUACAAACUAAGUAUACAACUACAACAUCUACCGGAAAAAGCUAUACAAUAUUUCAGAGAAAAACUAAGAACAAUUGGAAGAGGAGGAAAAGAAUCAAGUCACUGAGUUUGAUGACAGGUUCAUUCGAUCAUAAAUGUUUAGUGUAAAUCAAACAACCAUUGAUUACGAUGCGUAUAAUGACGAGACUAAUCUCAACGUUGAAGAGGUUAAUGAGGAGACUAUAGGUACGAUACAUUCAGGGUUUGAUUCAAGACUUGACAUGAAGCACAUACAUGCAAAGACAGUGCUAGUGGCAAGUGACUAUUACCCUGUUCAAGGUCCAGAUUCAAACGGAAGCAGUCUGGAGAGAAACAUCAAAUGCCUCACUCGUCAGAACUACCCUCUGCACUACUAAAGCCUGGCAAUUCUUUCACCUGUGAAGGAGGUUGAAACCCCUUAAGAUUAGAACAACAGCGGCAAAGCCAUAAAUCUGUCGCAAGCCAAUAUUAAGCAGCAUGAAACACAGCCUAGAAUGAAACAAAAGCAUAGAAGUUUGAUCUAGACUGCUAAGAGUGUGACUAGAGACAGAAAUAACACCAAUUAGAAUCCCUAUUAAACUACUCUGGGUUCCAAUCCGACUGAAGUCAUACUCUCUACUAUUAACAUGACUGCGACUAAUGAAUCUAUUAGUGUUAAGAAUUCUAAAGCAGGAAGGAAAGUUAAUAAAUCUCCUGAAAGCGAAUAGAAUAAUUCUAACUUUAUUCAAGUUAAGAAUAAUAAUCCGAAUAAAAACAACUUAAAGGCUUUAAAGUAGCAGGAGAAGGUGAGAAUUAUCAUUUAGGGAUCUCAAGCCUAGUAAAGAAAAAAGUCUUACAAAUCUGAUAAAACUUCUCAAUCUCCUUCCCCAGAUUAUCAAAGCUAAGAGGGGCUGAAACCUGGUGCUACUAAUCAUAAUAGACAAAUUUCCAGCAUCUCCGAUACUCUUUCAACAAAUAUCUAGGAUAAUAGUACAAGUAUUCAAGCAAAGACUUAGGCACUCUUCGGUAAAUCCCCUAAAUAGCUUAAUCCUCUUAAAUUUACCUAGAGUUAACUCCCUAAGACCAUAGUAAAUCCAAGUGAAAUGUAUUCUAAGCCGAACCCAGGAGCUACCUUGUAAUAAGACUUCAAUCCUUAUUAAACCUCCUCCAUUCCUUAUAAAACAAACUAGCCCUAUAUUAGAAGUCCUAAGAGUUUAGCCUAACAGCUGACUGAAGCUGUCCAGAAUAUGACAUUGAAACAAUCUAAAUCUGGGAAGGGCUUAGGCACGUAGAAGAUUAUACUGCAAAGCAAGAGUGACGAUGAAAGAAAAGCUUAAAUCAAGCCUAAGAAACUCUCACCAAAGGCAGGGUAUUUACUCGAUCUCAAGAAAACAUUGGCUAUAAAACAGAAGAACAAAUCGCCUACCAAUUAAAAUGAUUAUAACAGCGGCGGUGGAGAUUCUCAAACUGCUAACCAAACGAAAAGAAAAACUAGCCAGGUUAGAUUGGAGAAGAACUUAUAGCAAAUAGUGUAAAAGUAGGGAAGUCCCACAAUGACUUAAUCAACUUAGUCCACUAAAAGAUAUAAGUCUCAGGAUCAAGAAGUUAAGACGCAGGAGUAAGUGCCUUAUGUCAAUCUGAUGAUGAUGCAAAUCAAGCAAGAAAUGAAACCUUUCCUUCAGCCAAUACCAAGUCAAAAGUAACUGAAUCAGAGUCCAGAUCGCUUGUAAUCCUCAUAGCAGUAGCAAAAGUAUUUGGAAUAUCAGUCUUUCCUUAAGAAUGCCAGUGCAAGACAGAUGCUCACUGAUGAGUUAAAGAAACUCCAAGAGAAUAUGGCUGCAAAUAGAGACAAUCUUAAGAUUUAAGGAAACACCUAGAAGAUCCAUGAGGGAUUUCUGAUCUCAACAAUGAAACGCAUGUCCCAGCAAAGCAGAUAAAAAUGA